AUGUGUACCAGCCUGACCACUUGCGAGUGGAAGAAAGUCUUCUAUGAGAAGAUGGAGGUGGCCAAGCCGGCCGACAGCUGGGAGUUCAUCAUAGACCCCAACCUCAAGCCCAGUGAGCUGGCCCCCGGCUGGAAGCAGUACCUGGAGCAGCACGCCUCGGGCAGGUUCCACUGCUCCUGGUGCUGGCACACCUGGCAGUCGCCCCAUGUGGUCAUCCUGUUCCACAUGCACCUGGACCGCGCCCAGCGGGCGGGCUCGGUGCGCAUGCGCGUCUUCAAGCAGCUGUGCUACGAGUGCGGCGCGGCGCGGCCGGACGAGUGGAGCAUGCUGGAGGAGAACAUCGAGAGCCUGGUGGACAACCUCAUCACCAGCCUGCGCGAGCAGUGCUACGGGGAGCGCGGCGGCCAGUACCGCAUCCACGUGGCCAGCCGCCCAGACAACCGGCGGCACCGCGGCGAGUUCUGCGAGGCCUGCCAGGAGGGCAUCGUGCACUGGAAGCCCAGCGAGAAGCUGCUGGAGGAGGACGCGACCUUCUCCGGUGCCUCCAAGCCACGGGCCCAGGAGGGGUCGGGCUACAACUUCUUCUCCCUUCGCUGGGGCCUCUUCUGGGCCUCACUCUGCCUGCUCAUUGUCUACCUGCAGUUCUCCUUCCGAAGCUCCACCUUCCUUUAG